UGACGUAUAUUUAACGCGACGCUGUUGUUGGCCUGGCAACGGCAAUAGCUAGCAAGUAAAUUCACAUGAACGGAUGAAUUAUUAGUCACUGAGACGUUUGUUUUUUUAUUUUAUUUUGUUUACAUCGACAAUAGUUUACUAGGGUGUUUUACUGAAAAACUUCGUGGGGAUGACUGAUUCUUCUUUCAGCUCUUUGGAUGCCAAAGUUGUCCUCGCGUCCUCCAGCGAUGAGAGUCACCCACCAGAAAACAUAGUGGACGGAAACAUUAACACGUUUUGGAUGUCCACCGGAAUGUUUCCUCAGGAGUUCAUCAUUCGUUUUCCUGAACCCACGACCAUAUCUGCUUUGACAGUGGACAGUUACAAUGUCAAAAAACUAAAAAUUGAAAAGAACAUCUCACAAAGUGCUUCUCAGUUUGAAUCUGUUACAGAGAAAGAAUUUGAAUCCACAGAGGGACAUCUUCAGACAAAUGCCAUUUCCCUUAAUCCCGGCAGUGCAACCCACCUACGUUUUAUUAUCACUUCAGGAUACGAUCAUUUUGUCUCUGUGCACAAAGUCAGUAUAAAAAAAUAGAUGCAAUUUAAAGUGUUUGCAUAAAUCAUUGAUGAAAAAGCCCAAUAAAUUCAUCUCAUAAACAAAA